GGACUGUCAGUUAAGUUCCUGGGAGUUGUUUGGUCGGGUAAGACAAAGGUUAUCCCUGAAGCUGUGAUAGAUAAAGUUCAAGCUUACCCCACUCCAACCACAGUGAAGCAGCUGCAAGCCUUUCUGGGUCUGCUGGGUUACUGGAGGGCAUUUAUACCUCACAUGGCCCAGCUCUUACGGCCCUUGUAUAUGUUAAUACGUAAGGAAGCCAGGUGGGAUUGGUCAGCUGAGGCAGACACAGCAUUUGCCACGGCCAAACGAACUAUAAAGACUGCUCAGGCCUUGCAGGUUUUUGACCCAGCCCGACCCUGUGAGCUCGAUGUACAUGUUACUCAGGAAGGGUUCGGGUGGGGACUCUGGCAGAAAUCAGAGAGGCUACGACAGCCUAUUGGGUUCUGGUCCCAACUCUGGAAGGGGGCUGAGGUUAGGUAUUCCUUAAUUGAGAAACAGUUAGCUGCGGUAUAUGCAGCCUUACUAGCCACAGAAAGUAUAACUGCCACAGCCCCUGUCUCAGUGAGAACCACUUACCCAAUAGCUGGAUGGGUACGGGACUGGACAACAAAGCCCCAUAGUGGCACUGCUCAAACGCCCACUUUGGCGAAGUGGGGGGCAUACUUAGAACAGCGCUGCACCCUGUCAACUAGCCCCUUAAGGGUGGAGUUGCAGGAGGUUCUUGGUCCUGUGACAUAUACUAGUAUGGAACCAAAUUCAGAAGCCUGUAUAGAAGCCGAACCUGAAGCUAGUCCCUACAAGGAGAGUCGAGCACCGAUUCCAGCAGAGGCCUGGUAUACAGAUGGCUCCAGCCGGGGCCAGCCAGCCUCUUGGACAGCGGUGGCUGUACACCCAGAAACAGACACUAUCUGGUUCGAAACCGGGACGGGACAGAGCAGCCAAUGGGCUGAACUGCGAGCAGUAUGGAUGGUGGUGGCCCAUGAGCCUUCCCCUGUAGUAAUCUGUACUGACAGUUGGGCUGUGUACAGGGGUCUGACACUGUGGAUUUCCACAUGGAAUUUAAAUGACUGGACAGUUAUGCAUCGGCCAUUGUGGGGCCAGGCCCUAUGGAAAGAUCUAUGGGAUCUGGGGCAUCAGAAGCAGGUGACUGUUUAUCAUGUCACAGGACAUGCCCCAUUAGCCUCACCAGGCAAUGAUGAGGCAGAUACCCUAGCCCGGGUUCGAUGGCUCGAAACUGCUCCAGGGCGGGAUGUUGCGCAGUGGCUACACAGACGCUUGCUCCACGCAGGGCAGAAGACAAUGUGGGCCACUGUACGUGCCUGGGGUCUACCUGUAACUUUAAAAGAAAUCCAGACUGCAUGUGAAACAUGUGUAGUAUGUUCUAGGACUUACCCCCGGAGACCUUUUGCAUCUACAGGCCAGGUGUUGCGGGGGCAGGUACCCCUGACACGCUGGCAGAUUGACAUCAUUGGACCACUACCUCGCUCCGAUGGACAACAAUAUGCUGUCACCUGUGUGGACACUGCUACCGGGUUAUUGGCAACUUACCCUGCUCCACAUGCGGACCAAAAGGCAGUUUUGGCAGCACUGGCACGCCUAUGUGCUGCAUAUGGACGUCCGCUGGUAGUGGAGAGCGAUCAAGGGACUCAUUUUACAGGAGCCCGGGUGCAGCAGUGGGCCAAGAACAUGGGUGUUGAAUGGAAGUUUCACACUCCCUAUAAUCCCAAAGCUGCAGGGAUUAUAGAGAGGUAUAAUGGCCUACUGAAGCAAGGACUAAGAGCCACUGCCCCCACUCAGACGCUGGCCGGGUGGAGCCGACGUCUCUGGGAGGUGUUGCAGACAUUGAAUGAGAGGAGCAGGAGAGGCGGCCUGGCUCCAGUGGAGGCAUUGCUACAUCGUGCCGCUGCUCCCAUCCAAUUACAAAUAAAGACGUCAGACAUCUUAUUAAAACCGGGACUUGGACAGCAGGGCAACAUCCUAUUGCCAGCCCCAACUGGAGUGGACCCAGGGCAGACUGUGGACUGGGAAUGGCCCUGGACAGUGAAGGCUCCCCACAUGCGGUGGGUGGCUCUGAUAGCCCCUUGGGGUCGUGGCCUGGAGGCCAAUUUACAGAUAAAACCAUGGAAAACUUCUUUAAAAUUCAAAAAUGCAAAACGUAUUGAAGGACUUGAUAAAAACGUGUGGAUUGAAUUUACUAAGCUGGCUGCAGACCCCUCUGUUGUCAAUCUUGGCCAAGGCCUUCCAGAUAUUUCUCCUCCUACAUAUGUGAAGGAAGAAUUAUCAAAGAUAGCAGCAGUGGAUAACCUGAAUCAGUAUACACGGGGCUUUGGUCAUCCAUCACUUGUGAAAGCUCUGUCCUGCUUAUAUGAAAAGUUUUAUCAAAAUAAAAUUGAUCCAAAUAAAGAAAUCCUCGUAUCAAUAGGAGCAUAUGGAUCUCUUUUCAGUGCCAUUCAAGGAUUAAUUGAUGAGGGAGAUGAAGUCAUAAUAAUAGUGCCUUACUAUGAUUGUUAUGAGCCCAUGGUGAGAAUGGCUGGAGCAACACCUGUUUAUAUUCCCCUAAGAUAUAAACCUGUUGAUGGAAAAAAAUGGUCUAGUUCUGACUGGACAUUGGACCCUCAAGAGCUAGCAAGUAAAUUUAAUUCCAAAACCAAAGCUAUUAUACUAAAUACUCCACAUAACCCUUUUGGCAAGGUUUAUUCCAAAGAGGAACUCCAAGUAAUUGCUGACCUUUGCAUCAAACAUGACACACUCUGCAUCAGUGAUGAGGUUUAUGAAUGGCUUGUAUUUACUGGAAAUAAGCAUUUCAAAAUAGCUACUUUUCCAGGUAUGUGGGAGAGAACAGUCACAAUAGGAAGUGCUGGGAAGACUUUCAGUGUAACUGGCUGGAAGCUUGGAUGGUCCGUUGGUCCUCAUCAUUUGAUAAAACAUUUACAAACCAUUCAUCAAAACACCAUUUAUACUUGUGCAACUCCUUUACAGGAAGCCUUAGCUCAAGCUUUUUGGAUUGACAUCAAGCGCAUGGAUGACCCAGAGUGUUACUUUAAUUCUUUGCCCAAAGAGUUAGAAGUAAAAAGAGAUCGGAUGAUACAUUUACUUGAAAGUGUUGGCCUAAAACCUAUAGUUCCUGAUGGGGGAUACUUCAUCAUUGCUGAUGUGUCUUCACUAGAUGCAGACCUCUCUGGUAUGAAGGACAAUGAACCUUAUGAUUAUAAAUUUGUGAAAUGGAUGACUAAAAAUAAGAAACUGUCAGCCAUCCCGGUUUCAGCAUUCUGUAACUCAGAGACCAAGUCACAGUUUGAGAAGUUUGUGCGAUUUUGUUUCAUUAAAAAAGACAGUACACUGGAUGCUGCUGAAGAAAUCAUCAAAGCAUGGAGUAGACAGAACUCUUGAUACUUGCAGGCUUGGAUAGUUUCUUUUAGAUGACCUGGCAUAAAAUAGUUAUUUAGUGCUGCCACCUGCUGGAUAAUCAAAAACAAACACCGCUACAAACUAAAAUUUAAAAUAACCAUUAUUUUUCCAAAGAAGUUAAGCCCCAGAAUCAGGGAUCUGAUUUUUACACGUGUGAGUCAGUAUAGUAUUGUGGAUAAGAAGAGAUGAUGAUUAAUACAUAAUCUCUCUGUGCUUCGAUUUUCUUAUCAUAAAGAGGGAAUAAAUAGCACCCACUUUGUAUGAAAGUUGUGAGUUGGUGUAUGUAAUAAUGAAAAGAUGAUAUGUGCAAAUUUUUCAAACAAUAAACACUCAACUGAUGUUAGCCAGUUUUACUUCUUUGCCACUGUCUACCACCUCUUAACCAAUUACAUCCCUUGCAACUCCAUACAUAGUUUCUUCCCUUCAUUUACCUUUGGCUUUGAACUUUGUUUGCAGUUUGCCUCCUUUCCGAACUACACCAUCAUCUGAAAUGACUUCAAGGUCCACAUGGACUUCCUAGACUUUCAGUACUUUGACCCCCUCACCUUUGGUGAGAUUCACGUCCAUUCUGUUCUCCACUUCAGCCACCCACUUCCUUGGCACACCUUCAACCUUUCAUGAUUCAAAGCUGUUCCACCUUUGAGGUAAUAAAUUUAUCCUCUCAUACUCUAGUUAUCUAUCUUUACACCAUUCUCUCUCCCUCCUCUCUUUCUCUUUCUGUCCAACCUCCCCAACCCUUCCUCCUCUCAAAAUAUCACUUCUUUAAACCAAAUUCACUGUAAUUCACUAUCAAAUUCACUGUUUCUCAAAACAUGCUCCAUCACCCUCUUAGACCAGAAUCACUGGAUCCCUGUUGAAAUGGAUUCUGAGCUUCACCCCAGCCCAACUGAAUAAUCAUUUCAGGAUCUGACCCUUGCCAGGUGAUUCAUAACACCCCCUAAAGUUGGAUGACACUGCUGUCGUUUUUAGAAGCCUGUGUUUCAUUCCUAUCAGUAGUACACUGAUAUCUGAACUCCCUCAUCCAGCUUAGAUUUCAUCCUCCAGCCCUCAAACCAAGAUACUUGUGCUACUCUGAAUAACUUGUUCAUUGUCUGUUUCACCUACUGGGUCAAAAAAAGAAGAAAAAAACAAUGUCAGUCCUGGGGUUGAAACUUCAAGUUUGCACUGGGCCUGCUGAGCACUUCUGUAGCAAAAUGCAUGACUGGGCAGAUUCUAACCAGCAUGAAUACAAGUCAUUAACCUUAACUAGACUUAAUUCUUCUGUAGUUUGUUAAUCAGAGUUUUCUUCCUUUUACCACAGCACAAUCCUUAAUAUUUUCCCAUUCUCCAUAAUAAAAAGAUCAACCUCCAUUCUCCUCACACCUCAAAGUCUGUUACCACCAACACAAUAUAGGGCAUGACCUCAUCUUCCAUUUAUUUCUACAAAGAACAAAACAAAUGAAAAAAACAGCUAUUCAGCCAGCACUCCCAAGGGGGAUCCUACCAAUAAGCCUAUGACUUAAGUGCAUCAGCAUCCAUCCUUUCUUCAUUAAUACAACAUAAUAGUGUGCAAUAAUCAAAAUUAACAAACUGCAACUAUACACAGCAACGUGUGUGACUUUCAUUAAGAUUUUUUCACAAGUUUUCCCCACAGUACAGAAAAUCCUCACUUAAUAUUGACAGUAUCACAGAACCUGUGAAUUUAAGUGAAAUAAUGUAUAACAAAAGCAGGUCCUCAAGGUCAUUUCAUUCAAUAUAACUCUGGCUUGUUUUUUUUUGUUUUUUUUCUCUCAUUAAUGUUGUAAUAAAACAAUA